GCCUGGAAUUAUUGCAGAUACGUUAGAUUUAAAACAAAUCCCAUGCACAACGUUCCCACCAGAGAACAGUCACAAUCUCAAUCUACGCAUCAAUGCCUCCCCGAAAUCGACACCUCAUCCUCUAUCUUCCACCUCCCCACCUCCGCCAUCGCCUCCGCAUCGCCCGUCGCCAGCUCCGGCGCAUCCAACGGCGUGCUAACCAUCGCUCAAGGACUCUCCUUCCCGCCGCCGUGCCAUAACACCUCCUUCUUGAGCUUCUCGCCCGUCCUUCUGUUCAGCGGGUCAUGCGCGAACAGCUUUCGCCAGACGCGCGAGGCGAUUACCCGGUCGAAAAGAUACGAGUAAACAAUACUGGGAAACUGAUCUCCAUGCAAUCGGUGACACUGGAUGCCUUGCAAGGCCUGCUAGAACAAAUGAAUCUCAAAGCUCCGCAUUGGAGUGCCGAUUUGGACACCUCAACACAAUUGUAUCAGUCAGCUAGUCCGAAGCCGUCGUCCAAUCCUGCCUUUUUCGUCCCUGCAUACCAGUGGUUGCUUGACAACUUGCACAAUCCAUAUCCUUCCAAAGAGGUGAAACAAUGGCUCGCUCGGAACUCCGGCGUACCGAUACGAUCCGUGGAUACCUGGUUUAUCAACGUGCGGCAACGAAUCGGCUGGACCGCCGUGUCCCAGAAGUUCUGUCAUGGACGCCACGCGGACAUGCUCGAGGCUGCGCAUCGUGCGUAUCGAGGGGGCGACCUAAGCUUGUUGCCUCUAAGUGAAGCCGUGCUUGAGGCGUUUGCGGAAAUACAGUCUAUUGCGGUCAAGUUGUACCUUGAGAAGCUCGCAGAUUGCGAUAUUCCACCUAGCAGUACGACUUAUCAAAUUGCAAAACUUCGCGAGUCCGCUUUGCUCACGAUAACAAGAUAUCAGGAUUCAGCGGACAGUCAGGCACAUGAGCGCCAUGCACCGUCCGUUUACUCCUACCAGAGUCAAGGGAUGCCCAAAGAUCAUGGGACACCGUUAUCGUCUCAGGAUGUGAACCUCGCGGGGCCUUUCGACAAGGAGAAUGAUUCUCCGGUCGUCGCUGAUUACAUCGCACAAGCUGAAGGCAUUGGAGCAACCACCCUGCAAACGGACAAAGCCGAACUUUCGCCCAACGUACCUCUUCAUGCGAUUCCCUCCCCUCACAUUCGCAAGAGACAAUCCUCCAUGUCCGAGUUGCAUGUCGUUUCCAAGCGGCCCCGGCUCGCCUUCGCUCUGUGACUUCAGGUCAACCACAUAUCAGCUCACCUUACUCCAUGGGACAGUUUGAGUUGCUUGUGAUCGUCGCUAUGUGAUUUACCUGCUUGGUUUUCUUUGUGGAUGACAGUGCUCCGUAUUGCGCUCAUGCCUUGUAAUAACUCUCCGGCCACCAAGUGUGCUGUACAUAUUGAGCUGUGGAAUGACAAUGCAACGAAUGCAUGUCUUGCAUCGCUACAUGGUAUUAGUGAGAAAAGCCUGGAAUUAUCGCAGAUACAUUAGAUUUAAAACAAAUCCCAUGCACAACGUUCCCACCAGAAAACAGUCACAAUCUCAGUCUACGCAUCAAUGCCUCCCCGGCAUCGAUACCUCAUCCUCUAUCUUCCACCGCCCCACCUCCGCCAUCGCCUCCGCAUCGCCCGUCGCAAGCUCCGGCGCGUCCAACAGCUUGCUAACCAUCGCCCAAGGAUCCUUCCCGCCGCCGUGCC